GGGGGGGGAGCGGGCGGCCACGCCGCGGCGUGAACCCGACCGGCUAUGCUGCAGCGCGCAGCGAACAACGCCUACACCUGGUGGUGGGCGUCGCACAUUCGCACCACCCAGUCCAAGUGGCUUGAAACCACCGUCGGCGAGAUGGAGGACAGGGUACAGGCCAUGCUCAAGCUCAUUGGGGCCGACGGCGAUUCGUUCGGCAAGAAGGCGGAGCUCUACUUCAGGAGCCGGCCAGAGCUCAUCAAUCACGUGGAGGAGAUGUUCAGAUCAUACCAGGCCCUCGCCGACAGGUAUGACCGGAUAUCCAGUGAGCUGCACAAGGCCAACCACACCAUUGCAACCGUGUUCCCGGACCAAGUGCAGUUCUCGAUGCAAGAGGGGGAUGUUGAAGGGUUCCCGAAAGCAAUCAACGGGAUUGAUCUCAGCAAUUUCAAAUUCCCUGCGCUGGAAUGCUUGUCUGUGGGCUCACAGAGCAUGAGCAGGGGCACCAGCCCAGUCCCCAAGAGGGGGACCCAAGCACAUAGGAGGGUCACCUCCAACAUGACCAAGGAGAAGGCGCAGGAGGAGAUAGACAAGCUGCAGAAACAAAUCCUGGCGCUACAGACUGAGAAAGAGUUCUUGAAGACCUCUUAUGACAGCGCGCUAGGCAAGUAUCUGGACAUUGAGAAACGGGUGUCUGAGUUGCAGGAUGAAGUCUGCAGUUUGCAAAAUGCUUUUAGCACUGGUGCGGCCAUCGAAGACAAUGAAGCUCGGGCGUUAAUGGCUGCACAAGCCAUUGUGUCGUGUGAGGAUACGUUGGUGAACUUGCAGGACCAGCAAAAGAGAUCAAUUGAAGAGGCAAAGGUGGAGUUUCAACGAGCCAAUGAGGCAAUUGAAAAGCUGAAAACCUUCAAGAAUGAAUGUGGACUGCCUCAUGCACAAAUGGAUGGGCAUGAUCACGAUGACAAGGAACUUAGCCAUGCACUGCCCUCAGAGGAUGCUGAUGAUCCAGCUCUGGAUGAGAGUAGGCUUGACCUCCAGGAAAUAUGUCAAAAUGUCAAAGAAAUAUUUGAACGCUACCCGGAGUUAUCAGUUGCAGAAUUAGCGGAUAAGGUUGAUCGACUUGUGGAGAAGGUGGUCAACCUUGAACUUGCUAGUACUUCACAGAAUGCUCAGAUCAAUAGAAUGAGGACAGAGAUAGAUGGCCUUCACGAGCAUCUGCAUGCUUUGGAGCAGGACAAGGCUGCUUUGGUUGUUGAUUCCAGUAACUUGGCUGACAGGUUGAAGAAAGUUGAAGAAAUGCUGCAAGAAGUACACCAAAUUUGGAAGUCUGUACAAAAUGGGACAGGGAACAUUUGUAAACAAAUGACUGAAGCCUCCCAUGAACUUACUGAAUUCGUUGAAACAUUACAUGCUCCUGAGCCAGAAAUUAGAGAUUUCAUGGAUUCAUUGCGAGACUCCAAAGCCAUAGCGUCUCUGGAAGAUGACUCAGGACUAGCAAGUCCAUUUAUCAAAAAGGGCCAAUCUAGUGCUUUACAUGGCACUAGCGAAAUUGAGAAGCAUGAUGAAAUCUCAGAAGGUACUGUAGCCCAGAAACAGCUAGUUCCAAAAGAUCCCGAAGGUGAGGAGAUGGUUCUAUUAGAAGACUAUGCAUCUGCACUUCAGAGGUACAAAGAUACAGAGCAAAAGCUUUCUGAAAUUGAGAAGAGAAAUCAAGAGUAUCAUCUUGAGGCAAUGUCAGAACUGAAGGAACUUAAGAGUGCCAAUGUAACGAAAGAUGAGGAGAUCCACUCUCUUAGGCGCAUGCUAAGUUCUUUGCAGAAAAAGAUGACUGUUUCUAUUACUGAGAGCAUAGAGAAAUCAGAAGAAACAUCCAAGAUAAGCACCAGUCCUGCCACAGAAGACAAAGAGAUUGCUGAGAUAGAGGAAUACAUUAAGCAAUGCCAAGCUGAUGACUCACUAACUUGUUCGGUUGCAGAGGAGAAAUUUAGAACAGAGAUUGACAAGGUAUUGGGGGAGAACUUGGACUUCUGGUUGAGGUUUAGCACAUCAUAUCAUCAAAUACAGAAUUUCCAAACAUCCUUUGACAAGCUGAAAACUGAGAUGCACAAAUUGGCUGAUGAACAGGAACAAGGGGGCACUUACGGCUUUGCUGCUAGUUAUCAGGUAGCAAAGCUGGAGUCAGCAGUACUAGAAAAGAAAUUUCGGGAUCUGAAUACAGAACUUCAAGUUUGGAUGGAAAAGAAUGUCCUAUUAAAAGGAGAGUUAGAGAACAGAUUCUCAUCGCUGUGUAGCAUACAAGAAGAUAUAUCUAAGAUCACAACUCUGGAUAAAAGUGAUGAAGUUCACUUCAACGCAUUCCAAGCUGCGAAAUUCCAAGGAGAGGUGCUUAAUAUGAAACAAGAGAAUAACAAAGUUGCUAAGGAACUAGAAGCUGGGCUGGACCAUGUAAGAGGCCUUCAAGUGGAGGUUGGAAGGGUGCUCUUGAAGCUCAGAGAGAACCUUGAGGUAUCAAUAGCAAGAAGCCACCGAGCCCAACAAAACUUCCGGAACCUGUCAACAAAAGCCGGGGUGCCCCUUAGAACUUUUCUGUUUGGCUCAAAGCCAAAGAGACCAUCACUCUUUUCGUGCAUGGGUCCUGGGGUGCAUAAGCAUCAUGGUGGCUCAAAGGCUGGGCGUAGAUGAGUAUUGUCAAUUUUUUUUUGACAUUUACGCUAAAGAGAUCUCAAUGUACAUGGCAAUUCAUAUGUGAUAAAUGUGGUUUCUCUUAGGCCUUAAAUGUAAAAG